AUGAAGUUGACAAGACAUGAACCGGGGCUGCCCCACGAUGUGGUAGAGCUAAUCCUGGAGAGGCUUCCUGUGAAGUCUCUGCAGAGUUUCAAGUCUGUAUCGAAGCAGUGGAGAUCCACAAUCAACUCCCAAAGCUUCAAAGAAAGACAAUCUCUCUGUCGUAGGCUAUCUCGAGGUCCGGAUGUUCUUUUCGUGCGUCUUGAUGAUCCUUGUCUUGUUGAUGGUGAUGAUUCUCAAAGAUGCACGUUUGGUUCAUCCUCAGCUUAUACGGUCACGCUCCCAAAGACAGCCGCCUCAAUCUGCAACUCUAUCUGUGACGGUCUUGUGUGCCUCUACGAUGUCUACGAACCGGGCAAACCCAAUCUCUUGGUGAAUCCCGCCACUGGAUGGCAUCAAAGUUUUCCUCUAUCCACCAUCCAACACUUUUUCGUCGACCUGUGGAAGAAAAACCAGUCUGCCCGAACCGCACCUCCUGAGCUAGGGUUCGGUAAGGACAAACUCACGGGCACGUACAAGGCGGUUUGGUUAUACAAUUCAGCCGAAUAUGGGCUUGGCAAUGUUACCACUUGCGAAGUUUUCAAUUUUAGCACUAGGGCUUGGAGGUAUGUUGUUCCUGCUUCUCCUUGUCGGAUUCUUACUUUGCAGUUUCCCGUGCAUUUCGAUGGGUCGCUCUAUUGGUUAACAACAGAGGGAGAGGUAUUAUCUUUCGAUCUCCACGCGGAAACUUUUCAAGUCAUCACUAAAGCUCCUUUUCGCCAUGCAGCUGACGGUUUCACCGCCACCAUGUGCGUUCUUGAUAACCGCUUGUGCGUAUCUCAGAAACACCGGACCACUCAAGUGAUAUGGUGGUUGGACGAUUCUUCUUCAGGCACAUGGAACCAACUGUGUUCCAUAGAUCUCACCAACGCUUUUUCUUGGUUUCGUGGGGAAACCAGAUUCGUGCUCCCUCCGGUUGCUAUUCUGGAUAAGAAGAAGUUAUUGCUUCGAGGUCCUGGUACGGAUGGUGCCGCCCUGAUAUAUGAUCUCGAUACCAAGUCUUGUGAUGUACUCUUCAUACCUCCCAAUCCCCUUGGUUCUGUUACUUAUUUUGAAAGUUUAUUCUCUGUUUUGUGA